AUGGCGGUGAAACUCGAUAUGAGCAAGGCCUACGACCAUGUUGAAUGGUCAUUCCUCGAAGCUAUUGUGAGGCGUUUGAGAUUUGCGGAGGGCUGGAUAUCUGUGAUAAUGUGCUGUGUUACUAGCGUGAAUUAUUCUAUGUUGGCGAAUGGUGUUCCGUACUGCAAAAUCAAGUCAUCCAGGGGACUCAGACAAGGGGACCCUUUAUCCCCCUAUUUAUUUCUUUUGGUGGAUGAGGGGCUGAGUUCCAUGUUGGUUAGGGCUGAAAUGGGGAGACAAAUUACAGGAGUUCCUUUCUCAGUAGGGGGAAUUUGGUUGAGCCAUUUGUUCUUUGCCAACGACAGUCUCAUUUUCUGCAGGGCAAAUUUUACUGAGUGGGUGAAUCUUAUGGAUAUUCUUAAGUUGUAA